UACAUAUAUGGAUAUAUGCUACGAGGUGCAAGAAAUCAAGACUGUCCGCGAUCGCGUCGUGUAGGGCCAAUCGAGAAAUCGAGAAACGAGAUAUCGUAUGUUGUCUCUUUCUCGUGUUCGCGUUCUUGGGACGUUUAGCGAGUGAAGAAGAUGUUUAACUUUAUGAAGAAGGCCGCGGAGAAGGACGACAAGGAGAAGCGGAAGCGCGAGAAGAAGGAGCGGAAGGAUGUCAAGAAGCGUGAUCGCAGCAGCAUGUCCGCGGAGGAGCUUCUGCGAUUGGAUGAGGUCCGUAGGUCAUUGAAAAUUCCCGGUCGUCGGAAGGAGAAGGAGAAGUUGCCCAGUGGUAUCACCGCGGACUACAGCGCGUCGUUUUUCGCGCAUCUGGACCGCGAUCUUCUGGACGCGACGCAGAACGCGGGGCCGUGCUCGACGUUCAGCGCCGGUGCCAGCAGUUGGGGCAUCAAAACGCCCGACGGUCUGAUGCAGAGCGACUCGUCGGAGGCGUCUCUCACCUCGCUGACGACGACCACGACCACGUCGUCGACGACGACGAGUCACGCCGGCGUUCAGUCCGGCGGCAAGUGUCUACCGCCGUUGCCGCCGAAGCCGCCCAAGCGGGGAAUCCUCAAGGGGCCGCGACUGACCGUCAACAGUUCCAGCGUGAACGUUCUCUCGGAGGAGAACGCGUUGCCGAAUGGCACCGAAAACAGUUACCAGGAGGCCAGCAAUCUGCUGGUAAGAAACACUCUUCAGAACGAGGUGAUCACCUACCAGAACGUACCGGCGCAUCUCAACAGCGUUCUGAGCAAGGACGAUUACAGCGAGGAGGAAACGUUGUGUCAAACCGCGUGGCACAUCUCCGUGCCGCAACACACAAUUCAUCAACAAUACCAACAACAACAGCAGCAGCAGCAGCAUCAUCAAAUCGACGCCAAAUUGCUUCAGGUCGUUACCAGUGCUAGUCCAUCCGCGGAUUCCUUGACGGACACGACGAAUUCGAGUUUCGCGACGCCGCCGUUCAGCCUGUCGCCCGUCGGCGAGUCCCAGGGUUUCUCGAGGUGGCGGUCGUCGGUCUCGUUCGAAGAACAGGGCAUCGAGCUGCAGCUUCCGGAGAUCGUGCCGCUCGAGUUACCCGAGCCCCGGGAACUCACCAUCCAGCGGCAACCUCCGCCGCGAAACGAUUUCGGCUUCUCGCUUCGUCGCGCCGUGAUCGUCGAGCGGGCGGCGAACGGCGUCACGCAGAUGAGACCGGUGAUUUUCGCCGAACCUGGCGCUCUGGUGCAGCACAACAAUGACACGGGUCUAUUGCCCGGUGACAGACUGAUCGAGGUCAAUGGGAUCAAUGUGGAUGACAAGUCGCGCGAGGAGAUAAUCGAUCUCAUCAAGAGCUCCGCCAGCAGCGUCACCGUAAAGGUGCAGCCGGUCGCCGAGCUAUCGGAAUUAUCGAGACGCGGCAGUUGUGACGGACGUCAAGUCGAAUUGGCACCUGCGAAUAUCCGCGGCGGCACGCUUCGCCGGUCCGGCAGUUUGCGGUUUCAUCAAAAUACAGCGCGGUCGGAAGAACAUCUGGCGCAGGAGCAAGCAUGGUUAAGUUCCGAAAGAAUUUGGUUAUUGCAUCGCGGAGGUUUUACUCCGGCCACAAGAUGCGGUUCCGCCGAUCCCGACACAGGAAAACUGAGGAUCCGAUUGACUAUUUCCGGAGAGGAGUUGCUCGUGGACGAGGAAGAUGUAGAGAAGGCGAAUCCACCUCAGUUCGAUAAAGCCGAGGAACUCUCGCAGUUGCGAUUUCUGAAUGAAUCAUCCGUUCUCCACACGCUGCGGCAACGUUACGCCAGUAACUUGAUACACACGUACGCAGGAGACAGCAUGAUCGUUAUCAAUCCAGUCGCGCCAUUAGCAAUUUAUUCUGAAAAGGUCGCGCACAUGUUCCGAGGUUGCAAAAGCGAAGACAUGCCGCCGCAUAUUUAUGCCACAGCGCAAUCGGCUUACAGAGGAAUGCUGGCGACACGCAGGGACCACUCUCUGGUUUUCCUCGGGCGUAGCGGAGCGGGGAAAACUACGAACUUCAAACACGCCCUUCAUUAUCUCGUGCUGGCCGCUGGUACGGUUAACAAGAUAUUGACGAUCGAGAAGCUGAAUGCGCUAUUCACAGUUCUUGAGGCCUUCGGAAAUAGUAGGACUCACAUGAAUUCGAACGCGACGCGUUUCACGCAGCUCUUCAGCCUCGACUUCGAUCAGUCGGGUCAAAUCGCAUCGGCCUCUCUGCAAGUGCUGCUCCUGGAGAAGUCGAGGAUAGGCCGACGAGCGAACGGGGAUCCGACGUUUCACGCCGUUUAUCGUCUACUAGCGGGCGCGGAGGGCGCGCUGAGGAAAGAGUUACACCUCACGAAUCUAGUCGCCGAAAACAAUCCUUUCGUCACGCCCCUGCAGAAGCACGAGGACAAGCAGCGAGCUAUGGUCGAGUUCAAUCGUAUCGUCGCGGCGUUCAGAAUACUCGGCAUCUCCGAGGCCGACGAGAAAGUCAUUUGGCUGGUGCUGGCCGGUAUUUAUCACUUGAGCUGCGCCGGCGCCGUGAAAGCCGGCACCAGCUCGCAGAGCAGGUGGCAGUUCGCGAGGGUCGAAUGCGCGGAGAAAGCCGCCAAUCUGCUGGGCACUACGGUAGAGGAACUGAGUCGGGUAGUGUUCGCCACCAACGGAGGCGGUGCCGGAACGCCGAGCACUCCGAGACCGGCUCUGAGGACACCCAGCCCGACGGAACAGGGCAAGGAUGUCACGGGGCUUGACGCGCUGGAGGGACUUCUGGUCGGACUCUAUUCUGAAGUCUUCCACUGCGUCGCGGCUCUUAUCAACAAAUCCAUAUCAUCCGCUGUACAUACAGUCUCAUCACUGCUGCUGUGUGAUUCGCCAGGUUUUCAAAAUCCUGCCUCAUGCGGCCGACAAACCGGUGCAACUUUCGAAGAUCUUUGCCACAAUUAUCUGCAGGAACGUCUGCAGUUACUGUUUCACCAUACUACGUUGGUAGCUCCAAAGGAUAGAUACGUCCAGGAAGGCAUCGAUGUAGAUUACGAGGACGAUUAUGACGAGGAAGGCAUUGGGUCGCCUCAAGGUUUGGUUUCCCUCCUGGAUCGCGGAAGCUCGCAAAGCGCGACAAUGUUGCGAACUAGUCAAAGCGAUCUCAGCGGCGGCAGGCAGAUGGAACGAAAAGGAUUACUCUGGCUGCUGGACGAGGAGACCGUGUGUCCUGGAGGCAGCGACGAAACCUUCCUGGACCGUCUAUUUUCUCAUUAUGGCGAUCGAGAUCACCAAAUGCUUCUGCGAAAGGCGCCGGGCAACAAUCAAUUUGUUUUGCAACAUCUGCUGGGAACGAAUCCCGUGCUUUACACCGCGACCGGUUGGCUCAAAGCUACACGUGAGAAUCCCGUUGCCAAGAGUGCCAUUACGAUACUUCAGGAAAGCACGAGAGAACACGUGAGCAAGUUGUUCGUAAGUGCUCGGGGCGCUGGAGUUUCCGGUGCUCUAUGCGGUUCCAUGCCGGGACUCGAAGGCUCGCAAUCCCUGAGGCGUGCGUCAAGCAUACGAAGAACAUUCACUGCCGUAAAAAGAAAGAACGUUUGCCUGCAAGUGAAAUUCACCGUAGAUGGCCUCGUGGAAACACUGCGGAGAACUCGCGUCAAGUUUGUGCACUGCCUUCUGCCUCAACAUAACGCCGGUUGUACUGACAAUAAAAGCCUCCUCUCCGUGAAAUCGAAUCAGAGCGAGGACAACGUCAUUAAUGUGCCUCUUCUACGAUCACAGAUUCGCGGGAGCCAGAUAAUCGACGCUAUCCGCUUACACAAGGUUGGAUUCCCGAAGCAUAUGGCCUUAGGUGAAUUCAGACGUCGAUUCGGACUGUUGUCAAGCGAUGUGAAUGCACGGCCUGGAAGCCCCGUGACCGACGAACGUCGCGCCGUGGAGGACAUGCUGCUCACCGUCGACGUCGACCCCGCGUCCUAUCGAGUCGGCCAAAGCCAGAUAUUCUUCAGAUCGGGCACCCUGGAACGAUUGGAAGCUCAGAGAGACGAGAAGCUCACAGGCCACAUCAUUCUGCUGCAGGCGAGAUGCAGAGGCUAUUUAGCGCGGCGCAAACUCAACACUUUGAAACUGCAAGAUCUUGCAGUGCGAUGCAUCCAAAGGAACGUGAGGAAGCUAAUGUCCGUGCGAGAAUGGCCUUGGUGGAGACUGUACGUGAAAGUUGCGCCCUUGUUGAACGUCCAUCGCACCGAAGAUCAGCUAAAGGCGCGAACGGAAGAGCUCGAGCUUCUCAGGGCAAAAGUGGAACGCUUGGAACAGGAGCGCAAUCAUCUGAAGCAUGACAAUGACAAGCUCGAGGCGAAGCUGAGCGAGAUGACCGCGGACUUCGCGGAGGAGCAUUCUACGUCGACGCUGGCGGCGGAGAGGAUCGACGCCGAGACUUCGGAGCGGCUGCGGCUCGAGCGUGAGUUGCAGGAUGUCACUGAGACUAACAAGAAUCUUCAGCAGACGACCGAACGGUUGGAGAUGGAACUGCUCUACGCAAGGGCUGCCGAUUUGAACGGGAUCGCUUCCGAUGGCGAGGAAGGCGAGGACGGCGGUGUUUACCGGCAACGGUAUGAGCACGCUAUCCGGGAACUCGAAUUCACAAAGAGGAAAAUGGCGCAGCAGCACGAGGACGAUCUGGAGCAACUGGUCGGACUAAAGAAACAGCUAGAGAAGAAGUUGGCCGAUGCUUACGAAGAAGUGGAGGAGCAACGACAAGUCGUCGGACAGUGGAAGCGACGAGUGCAGAAACUGAACGGCGAGAUGCACGAUAUCAGAUUGCUGUUGGAGGAACAGACUGCUAGGAACAACCUCCUCGAGAAGAAGCAGCGCAAGUUCGAUUCGGAAACUCAGAAUCUGAUGAACGACCUUAGACAAGAGAAAGCACAACGUGAAAGAUUAGCGAGGGAAAAGGAGAUUGCGAUCGCGGAAAAAUUCACAGUGGAACAGAAUCUGAGCGACGCGAGAUUAGAAAUUGAGCUGAAGGAGGAAAGACUUCGCACAUUAACUCAAGAAUUAGAGGAGCUCACUUUCGGCGGUAAAACGGAGGAGGAAGUUGUGCAACUUAAGAAAGCAAAGCACGAGUUGGAGAAACGCGCGAAGGAUCAGGAGGAAGAGUUGGAUGAUCUGGCCGGCCAAGUGCAGCUGCUCGAACAGGCGAAACUCAGGCUGGAGAUGAGCAUCGAGCAGCAGCGCAAAGAGAUGCGUAAGGAAAUGCAGCAACGCGACGAGGAGCUGGAGGACGUGCGCGGGAACGCGCACAAGAAGGUCAAAGCUCUCGAGUUGCAGUUGGAGAACGAACAUGAGGAAAGGACGAUUCUUUUAAGGGAGAAGCACGAGUUGGAGCGCCGUUUAGUGGCUCUGGAGGAACAAGACCGAGCCGAUCGCGUGGCGGAAGCUGAGACCAUGCAAAGACUGAAGAGAGACUUGAAGAGAACAAAGGCGUUACUCAGAGAUGCGCAAACAAUGCUCGAAAGAUCGAAAGGCGAUUCGACGGGUAAAGCCGCGCUACGCCAGUUGAAAAAUCAGUUGGAAGACGCGGAGUGCGCUCGGGCAGUAGCGAUCAAAGCGAAACAGGCGUUGGAACAGGAGCUGAACGAAACACAAGCAAGUCUGGAAGAGGCUAUGCGACAUCGUUCCGAGGCGGAGGAGCGAGCCAAUGCGGCCAAUCGGGAACGUUCAGAACUGCUGUCUCAAUUAGAGGAAAAUGAGGAGGAGCUUGCUGAGGUCUUAAAGAAGUAUCGAGCUGCAGUGCAACAAGUCUCCGCCGAGCAAGGCCAAUUGCAAGAGGCGCAAGUGCAAAUCGCCGCGCUCGAAGCGGAAAAGUCGUCGCUGAAGGACCAACUGGCGGAACUAACUCAGCGAUUAGAAUCGGUGGAACAACUCGGCGAUCCAACAGCAAACAGUCUUGCCACGAGACGUUUGGAGUUCCGUGCCAAGGAGCUCGAAAGCAAGCUCGAAUUGGAACAAACUACGAGAGCGCGUUUAGAGACGCAAAUAGCACGGUUGAAGGAAAGCGUCGACAAGUUACAAACUGAAUCAGCCUUACUCAGAACGAAGGAGCAGACCGCUCAGGACGCGGCGAGACGAUUGCAACGAUCCUUGCGCGAUGCGCGCGACGAGGCUAGCUCGGCGAUAUCGCGGGAGCAGGAGGCCGUACGUGCUCGUCGUGACAUAGAGAAAUCCUUGGAAGCCGCGGAGGCUGAGACCAAGGUGGCUAGAGACGAUCUCAGACUGGCGCUUCAAAGGAUCGACGAUUUACAGAGUGCUAUUCAAGGGGAACUUGACUUGGAUUGCAGUGAGGAAGCCACUAGCGAAAACAGUGACAGUGAUUGAUCCGAGCCAUCAUCGGACCUCGAGUCCGAUCAAAACGACGAGGGCACGACUGAAUCGGGAUCAAUAAAUCAGAUCGUAGACGGACUCCCGCGCAUUCGAGACAUCGAAUAGAACGUGAACCCUAUUAGCCGCCCGUAUUUAACGUAUGACCGAACAUGAAAGUGAUAGACUAGAUAGACUAGAAUCACAGUCCGGUGAGACGAAAGACUGGCGAAAAUAACGAAGGGCGGUAACGGCACGCGGUCACGAUAGAUUUCAAUUUUGUGCUACUUGAAUAACGCGCUGCUGAAAGAGUUGGCGUUCUUUCUUCACCGUCGUAGGGAAUAAAGUCAUUUCGAGGGCGAAUUAAGCUAGCGUAGGCGCUGGUGGUUCGACGAAAUCAAACUUACAAAGUAAUUGGUCACUAAGCUAAGUUAAUUGCGUGGCCACUCUCUCUUUCUACGAGCGAUAAACUUUUUUAGGUGCUAACUAUGUAUAAUUCCCUGAAAAUCUCGAUGUCGUGGCUAAUAUUUGCACGCCGCGUUUGGUCGUGCGUCCGCGGUGCUAUUAUCAUAUCCGUUUUUGUUUUUAUUUUUUUUUUUUUUGUAACGUCGAUGACAAAGACAUCGACCCUUUCCAGUCUUCCACAGAAAUUCGAGCCAUUUCUUCGCAAGCCGCGAAUGUAAAUGUCGACGAGAAUUGCGCGUAUUGCGCUAUCGAACAAAAAAAUCGAAAUGUAGCAUUUUCGAUGCGAGUAGGCGCGCCGAAAGUUUCACGUCUUUUCAAAUAGAAAAGUAUAAACGGGAAUUUCGCAACGAGUCAUGCGAAAUGAUCAAUUGAAACUUUACUCUCGGUUCUAAUACCGACGCCACUAGAUUUGAAUCUUAGGUAUUCGUACUUUUGUUCGACAGCACAUACAUGCCGCGCGUAUAUUUUCUCGCGGAAUUAGCUCGAGAACAAUCUUCUUACAUAGGAAAGGAUACAUUGCGCUUUUUAUCCUUGCGAUCCACUGCCUUCAGGCGCGAUUACGUUUCAUAUUUGUAUAAAAAAAAAGGGAAUGAUAGAAAAGGAAAGUACGAUAUAGGAGGAAAACGCGUGCCACGACUCGAAUUGGGGCUUUGGUUUCGCGUGUAAGGAUCCUCGUGUAACUUAUUGCUUUGUAAAAUGCAGAUCUCCUAUUUAAUUA